UACAACGGGCUGGGCACGUGCCUGCAGGGCCCGGCGGGGGUGCCCGGGCGCGACGGCAGCCCUGGGGCCAACGGAGUCCCGGGCACCCCUGGCAUCCCCGGCCGGGAUGGAUUCAAAGGAGAGAAGGGGGAGUGCUUGCGGGAGAGCUUCGAGGAGUCGUGGACCCCGAACUACAAGCAGUGUUCAUGGAGCUCGCUGAACUAUGGCAUAGACCUCGGGAAAAUUGCAGAGUGCACCUUCACCAAGAUGCGUUCCCACAGUGCUCUGCGGGUCCUGUUCAGCGGCUCGCUGAGGCUCAAGUGCAGGAGUGCGUGCUGCCAGCGCUGGUACUUCACGUUCAACGGGGCCGAAUGCGCAGGCCCACUCCCCAUUGAAGCCAUCAUUUACCUGGAUCAGGGAAGCCCUGAACUGAAUUCCACAAUUAAUAUCCAUCGCACUUCCUCUGUGGAAGGCCUCUGUGAGGGGAUCGGCGCCGGCCUCGUGGAUGUCGCCAUCUGGGUUGGGACCUGCUCCGAUUACCCCAAAGGAGACGCUUCUACAGGGUGGAACUCAGUGUCCCGCAUCAUUAUCGAAGAACUACCCAAAUAAAUCCUUUCGCUUUUCACUCCCUACCUCCUUUUUUAAUUAUGGUUCCUCUAGCAUUUAAAAAGUAUUUUACAUAUACGUCUAAAUGAAAAACAAGGCUAGCCAUGUUUACAGACCAAAGUGUGAUCUCACACUGCUUUUACUUCUACUACCCAUUUUAUUUCAGUCAAAACUGGCGUCAGGGUUUUAGUCGAUUAGAAGAGCUUUUUCAUGUUCUCAUUCCCUGAACACCUCCAGUUUGGGAUUUUGUGUGGUGCUUAGUUUUUCCUGUUUACUUAAUGUAGCAGUUUUAAAAAUAUAAAAGUUACCGGUCUUUGUACAAGUUGUGAAUGUUUACAGUUGUUUUACACCUGUUAAAUAAAACAUAUUUCAAACACCUUUAA